GCGAUUUUUAUGUUCUUGUGUGGUGAGUGAGAAGUGUUCCGAUAUUGUCACUAUGUAACGAUCCAAAGGGGAUGACCCGCGAAUUUUAUACCUAUACUGUGCCAGGACCAGGAGGACGUAUACUAAUCACGGGGCAAACGGAAUACAUGGGGCAAGUACUGGCUGCUCUGGCCGUCUCUUUGGGACCCUUCGCCGCGGGACUCGGCAAGGGAUACAGUUCACCAGCGAUCGCCUCAUUGCAACAACGUGACAAUGAUGCGUUUCCAGUUAAUGGUCAGCAAGCUUCAUGGUUAGCCAGUUUGUCUUUACUCGGUGCGUUAUUUGGUGCACCUUUGGGGGGCGCGGCUGUACGAUGGGGUAGGCGCCGUACUUUAGUGUUGGCGGGUAUACCUCUUUCGGCAUGUUGGGUGUUGGUAGCUUUAGCGACUAGAGUCGAGGUAAUGGCAUUCGCGGCUUUCGUUAGCGGUUUUUUAGUAGCAAUUGUACAACUUGCAGCUCAAGUAUACGUAAGUGAAAUUUCGGCACCGACGGUACGCGGAGGUUUAAGUGCCCUUUUAAAAAUUGCAGGUCAUGUCGGGGUCCUUGUAGCUUUUGCUGCGGGCGCAAUUUUAGAUUGGAGGCAACUCGCUGGUUUAAUGGCGGUUGCACCUGGUGCCAUGUGUAUAGCCGUAUGGCGAUUGCCCGAAAGUCCUGGCUGGCUCGUAUUACGCGGUUGUGAUCAGGAAGCCGAACAGGCCUUGCAAUGGCUUAGGGGAAGAACUGUAGAUUUACACUUAGAACUCGGGAUACUAAAAGCUCACGUACUUUCCCGUGCCGUUCCUUCCAAUCCGAUGUUAUUGUUAAGAACACUUCGUGGACCCGCUUUGAUCGCGUGCGGGCUAAUGUUCUUUCAGCGGUUUUCCGGUGCAAACGCCUUCAACUUUUACGUAGUAAGCGUCUUUAGGCAAACCUUUGACGGAACAAAUCCACAUAGCGCCGCUAUAGCGGUGGCCAUCGUCCAGCUGUUAUCGGCUCUCUUGUCUGGCCUUCUGGUGGACCGCGUCGGUAGGCUUCCAUUACUAGUGGGGUCCAGCGUUUUAAUGUCGCUAGCGUUAGCGUCUUUUGGAUCAUUUGCCUAUUACCAAAGCUCACACAGCGUAGCCAUACCGCAACUGGAUUGGAUACCACUUUUGUGCGUUCUUGUGUUUACGGUCGCUUUCUCGUUAGGAAUUAGUCCGAUAUCGCUACUGUUGGUAAGCGAAUUGUUUCCACUAGAGCACCGUGGACUUGGUACCGCUCUGGCGACGGCCUUCAGCUAUUUAUGCGCUUUCAUCGGUGUGAAAACUUUCGUCGAUUUUCAGGUGUUACUCGGUUUACACGGUGCUUUUUGGUUGUACGCUGCCAUAUCCGUAUGCGGUUUAUGUUUUGUUGUCUGUUGUGUACCGGAAACAAUGGGUAGAGAUCUCAAUGACAUGGAUACAGAUAGGUGACUUCAAGCAAAUGACAUCAGAAGUCACGCGCACAAAUUUAACGUAAUCGUACCAACCAAAAUGCCUGAAUGCCCUAAAGAAAAAUUCGUAAGGAUUUUAGAAGUUUAAGAUAGAGAAGAAAAGCUUUAAUUUUGUGCUUCACUAUUACUUUAGGGUACGCAUUGAAUAUAGAAACUCGCAUUACACCAUAGAAAUUUAUAACUAAAUCGAACGUAACCGUGUGUUCAAACUUCUAACCGAAGAAUCUCCACGAACGCUGUAUAUAAGCAAACAAACAAAUUUACAUUAAAGCAUUGUCAACAAUGCUUCUUCCAAAAUAUAUUUUCCAAAUUCUCCUACAGUGGCAUUUUUCUAUUCAGGUUCGGCGAUAUUGAUUAACCUCCUUUAAGUGAACGUUCACUUUGACAUUUCACUUUUCGUAAUACAUUGGAAAGGAAAGCAUAUACCCUGAAAACAUACAUCUGCAUGUUUGCUUCCAUUAUGUACGCAAUCAAUUGUACUUAAUGAAUGUUGGU